GGUCCGCAGCCGCGCGCCCUGCGGUCGGGCAUGCCCCGCUACGAGCUGGCUUUGAUCCUGAAAGCCAUGCAGCGGCCCGAGACUGCUGCUGCUCUGAAGCGGACAGUGGAGGCCCUGAUGGACAGAGGCGCGGUCGUGAGGGACCUGGAGAGCCUGGGCCAGCGCGCGCUGCCCUACGCGAUCUCGGCCCACAGCCAGCGGCACAGCAGAGGCGGGUAUUUCUUGGUGGAUUUUUAUGCACCAGCAACAGCUGUUGAAAGCAUAAUGGAGCACUUGUCUCGAGAUAUCGAUGUGAUCCGACCCACUGUUGUGAAGCACCCUCUGACCCAGGAGGCGAAGGCGUGUGAAGGGCUUGCCCCGGUCCCGCUGGAAGAAAGACUGUACUCCACGAAGAAGAGGAAGUGAGCUUCGCAGUCCAGCCUGGUGGCCAGUGCUCUCGCGCUGCGCCGGGCUAACCGUGUGCCAGCCAGACCUUUGCAUGAAGCCUGCAGGCGGCUCGGCCCCUGGCGUCUGCGUGGGAGGCGGGGUGGCCCCCGCCAGGUCCCCUUGCCCUGCAGCACUGACCCCGCUUCGGGCAACAACGCUGACAAACUACCUUGGAUUGUGAGCUAGUCAUUCAGACUGUGUAACCACGCAAAAUAAAACGUCAUUCAGACUCUAAA